GUCAGAAUAAUCAAUGUCAAUAAUUAAUGUUGAAUUUAACGAUGGAUUUUAACUUUUAUGUUUUGAUUUUGUCAGCAACGAUAGAAAGCCAUGUUGGACAUUAAAUCUACCCGUAAAGUGUUGUUACUUGCGGUUGGAUUACCGUGUUAUUUAGGUUAAUGGCUAGUAAAGUUCAAGUUGCUAAGUUCCCGUCGGCACUGCAUGACUUCAAUGAUCUUGAAAGAGCCCGCAUGAAACCACGAUCAAAAGGAGAAUGGAAUAUGGAUGAGGAUGAUGUAUUAGAUGGCUUAUACGAUGAUAGUUUUGCCUCAAGAGUAGAAAUCUUGGAACAGUUGUUAUUAACUGUCAAACAUAAUGGGGGCAGACUACCCUAUCAUGACCAGCUUUCAAUAUUUCAAGGAUUAGCCCAAGCCUUAUCAGCAGAACACUGGGAAAUCAGAUUGAAAUGUACACAGUUGAUUCACGAGAUCAUCCCAAACUUGGGAGAAAAUUUGGAUACCUGUAUGGGUGUUGUCAUGAAAAGACUUUUACCAAAUAUUGGUGAUACUAAGAUUUCUGUGAGAAGAGCUGUUAUUCAGUCACUUCAUGUUUAUAUGAUUCAUGUUCAAGAUCCCACUAUAUUUUUGCAUAAUAUUGUGCAGAUAGGGCUUGAAAAUGAUAACCCAAAAGUACGGAGGGAAACUAUUAAUGCCCUGCCAGUCCUUUUGACAAGAGAGUUUUCGCAUUUGAAUUUGUAUGAAGUAACACAAAGUUUGGCAAAAAAAUUGAUAGAUUCAUCUGUUGAAGAUAAUUUGAGGGAUCCAUCCCUUUUUACCAUGAAGAAAAUAGAGGAGUUAGUAGGUGAUCCAGAGUUUAAUACUUAUCUUCAGCGUUUAGCAGCUCCAAUCAGAAGAUAUUAUCUCCAACUAACAGAAAGAGAAGAUGAAAUUAGAAAACCAACACCAAAAUCAAUUUCAGAAUAUUCGUAUAGUGCUCCAGCCAGUUCACGAGAACAGCGGGUCAUGGGUAUGUCAUCAAGAGAAAAUUCAGAAAGAAAUGGAUAUCAAUAUGAACCACGUCAGACUGGUGCAUCUGCUAAGUAUAUGGAUAGUUUAGAAUUUGGCAUCAUCUCUAGUCAGCUAAUGAAUCGCUUGAAUGAUCAGGAUAAUUUUCGUGUGAGAGCUCAAGCUGUUGAAGAGUUGAAGAGUAUUGUUGGUGGAUUGAUUGCAAGUGAUUUACAACAUCAGCUUGUUCCCCAUAUGAUAGCAUUUAUCAGUCUUUUGAACAAUUUAUUAGAUGAUCCCAAUUUUAAAAUCACAACAGUAACGCUUGAAAUUCUAUGCCUGACAGUUGAAAAACUUGGGUCUAAUGUGAAAAUGUUUCUGAAGCCAUUGGUUUUGGCAUUAUCUAAAAGGAUGGGUGACACUAAAAUAGUUGUUCGUCAAGCUGUAAUGAAGGUUGCAAUGAAACUGAUGCAGAGUUAUUGUGCUCAUCCAGUACUAAUUGUAAUUUGUGAAAAUCUUCAUCAUCGCAACUCUCGCGUCCGGCAAGAAGCAAUAAAUAUCGUAAUAGCUGCAUUAAUGACAUUUCCAAGUUAUGACUUUGCUUUGUCUGAUAUCUGUGAAGUUGUUGGACCAUCUCUAACUGAUCCGAAAAGGCAAGUCAGACAAGCUGCUUUGGAAUGUUUUGCAGCUUUGGCACAAGCCAUGGGUGCAGGCAGAUUACAGCCAUUAGUGCAAGCUGUUGAUAAUGUUGAACUUAAUACUGAGAGAGAAGGGGAAGGAUUAAUGAGUGCUGUUCAAGCAAGAUUAGCAAGGAGACAGUUACCAAGAUUAAAUGUUGAUGGUCUUGUUGAAUAUGCUACACCUAUUCCAUCUUCAGCAACUCAUAGACCCCCAUCAAAUCAAAGUCAAGGAGCUGACAUGGAUUGGAUUUUGGCUGUGGGAGGCGGAAAUGGUUCAGCUCGAUCUACUCGAGCUGAAGUAAUGGAAAUUGAGUCUGCAGUUUCUUCUGCUAGAUCAACCCCAUACACAUCUGAUCAGAAACCUAAUGUAAGGAGAUUUAUGAGUGCUGGAAAGGGAAGAAAUAGAUUACCCUGGGAG